AUGCCCUCUGGAGCAGCUACUGCGGGUCUAUUCCUCAGCCUGACCUUGGCCUUUACCAAAGGUUUCCUGUUCGAGGGCCACUCGCUAGGGCCACCAUGCCACCCCAGCCACGUCUGCACGCUGGCCUUCGUCUCUGACAACCCGGUGGUCCUGCGUUGCCAUCAUGGCUCGCUCGGGGUCCUUAUCACCUGGCAGUACCACGAUCCGGCCCAGACCGAUGAGCGGCCCGUCACUUUCCUGCGCUCCGGGAGCCCCUUUUGGCCGGCAGUCAGCCGAGCCAAUUUGCGACGGUUGCAGCUGAAGUCCCGGCUCUUAGCCGGCAACCUCUACAUCCCAAGCCCCAGUGCGCGGGACUCCGGCGUGUACACCUGCCGCAUGGGCGACGCCACGCUCGCCUAUUACCAGGUCGAUUUCCAGGACGCUGACAGCAUCCACGCCUCGCACGCCAGCCUCGGGGAGACCACCCUGGGCAAUGCCACUGCCGACCUGGCCAACGGGUCGCGGGCCAAGCUGUUCACUUCCUGGGGGCCCUGGCAGCCUUGCGAUCGCUGCGGCCAACCCGGAGAAAGGAAGCGAGUCGGGUUUUGUUACGCCCAGGUGAUCGCCAGGAAGGAGGGCCGUGAGGGGCAGCCGCUGCCGUGCGGAAUGGCCCGGAGGAAGCACCCGACGCUGCCCAAGCGGGGGCCAGAGCUGAGAGUGGAAGCCUGCCAGGUCCCCUGCGACGAGUCCUACCCGCUUGCCAAGGCGGAGCCCAACGCAAUGCCGCUUCUCGUCUACACCACCUACCACCCCGGUUUCCAGGACAUCACCUACUUACGCUGUCCCACCUCUUCCAUCUACAGCCCCGUUUACUGGCAGGAAGGCUCCACCCCACUGAUGCGCCUCCAGCUUCUCCAGCAGAACAGCAGCUCCCACAGCCUGGACGAGGCGACCGGCGGCGGGAUCCUUCGCCUCUCCUUCCAGAACCGCUCGCAGAGAGCUUUCUACCAGUGUUACGUCAACGGGCGUUUGGUGGGCAAGUUUCUGAUCGCUGCCCCCCGCGCCUUCCGGCCCGCCGGAGAGCUGGCCAACACCUACUCCGUCAUUGAGGCGCUGGUGGUGGGGAUGUCCAUGUUCCUGGUCUUCCUGAUGUUCCUCAGCAUCAUCCAGUCCUGCAGGAAGAAGACGGGAACCACCAUGGUCUAGGUGCA